GAUCAACAACAUAGUUUCACAAUACCAGUCCAAUGAGAAAUGGCAGAAGCAGAAGAGUUGAAGCUAUUCAGAACAUGGUCGAGUCGAUACGCUUUGAGGGCAGUGCUAGCUCUCAAGAUCAAAGGCGUCGACUACCAAACUGUUUUCGAAGAUUUGAAAAACAAGAGUGCUUCACUCCUCCAAUACAAUCCCAUACACAAGAAGGUGCCUGUUCUGCUUCACAACGGCCAACCCAUCUGCGAGUCCCUCGUUAUCCUUGAGUACAUCGACGGGGUCUGGAAGCAGCCUCCUCUCCUCCCGGAACAUCCCUAUGACCGAGCCAUGGCUCGGUUUUGGGCCAAGUUCGGAGAUGAAAAGGUUAUGCCAUCGCUGCGGAGUGUGUUCCUUUCUCAAGGAGAAGUGCAGGAGGAAGCUGUUGGUUCGUGGAUGGAGAAUUUGAAGUUGUUGGAAGAGUUAUUGGAAGGGAAGAAAUUCUUUGGAGGAGAGAGGAUUGGGUACCUUGAUAUUGCUUUGGGGUGGAUGGCCAACUUGAUCAGCAUAUAUGAGGAGAUCAUUGAGAUGAAAUUGGUGGAUGCUGAGAAAUUCCCUCUGCUAUCAGCAUGGAUGAGAAACUUAUCAGAUGAUCCCGUGAUAAGAGAGUGCUGGCCGCCGCGACACAAGAUGGUUGAGAAAUAUGUGGCUGUUCGUGAAGCUCAGUUGUCGUCGACCUGAGCUUCCUCCCAGCAAACCGUGAUCAUGCUUGGAAAGAGCGCUUAGAUGACCAUAUUUAUGUUGUAUGUAAUGAAAUCUUGACUUGUUUUGCUUCUCUAUUCUCUAACCUCAGAUUUUGCAAUCAAACGCGGAGAUAAUUAAGAGUUGUCCUCGUUUUAUUUAGACUCAAGCAUAUGGAGGUGAAAUAUGUUUAAAGAGUGUGAGGGAGGGGAUAAGGAUUUGCGGAGAAGGGAAUGGGUGUAUAAUUUUAUUUGUAAAAGGAAUUUGUGAUGUUGGGUAGUAGUAUCCCACAUCGGUGGGAGAGAGAGAAGGGAGAGAGGCUGGGGUUAUAAAAGAGGGUGGAGUGGAACCGAGAUACAUACUUACCUGGACGGGGUCGAUGGGCGAUCCAUAAGACCCAUGGCCUAGGUUGGCGACCUCCAUUGCACUACGGAGGGGCGCCCGCCUAAGGUCGGCCCAAGUGGUCGAGCCUACGUCAUAAUUUGUGCCAGAGGGGGCCUGCGUUCGCGCGGCCCCUGC